AUGAAAGCCGAGUGUAUUUAUUUAUGUCUAUUAAUCAGUUUAUCCUUUGUGCUAACUCAAGAUUACUAUUCAGACUAUCAAAGUGAUUACAAUGGAGAUAACAGUAACAAUUAUGAUUAUACCUAUAAUAGUAAUGAUUAUGAUUACAACACAGGGGAUGGUAAAGAUAAAAGUGGUAAAGUAAUCACUAAGGGGAAAUUUGUUGCACUUGGCAAAUCGGAUAAAGGCUCAAAUUAUCAUCAAAUCACCUUCUUUCAUAAAGGCAGUAAAUCUAAGAAAAAGUUUUCAAAUUAUGAAACUAAAGGUAAAGUGUACAGUUAUGGAAGACAAAAGUUGAAAGCGAAAUUUGGCAUAGAAAGUCGUUUAAAGGGUAAAAGUAAAUUUAAUGGAAUUGGAAAAUUCAAUGGUUAUGCUAGUGAUUAUUUGCCUACACAGAAUGGAUAUAGUGGAGAAGGCUCUAACACUGCUGAAAGUCUUAUACCGAAUAGUGGAUCGGAUUAUUCACCAUCAAGUUAUGAUUAUGCUGGUUAUCAAAGCAGUGAAGGACAAGCACCAACAGAUUAUCAAACCUAUGAUUAUAAUAAUAAUAAUAAUAAUGAAGGUGGAAAUGGACAGACGUCAAAUGAUUAUGAAGGUGAAGGGGAAUCGUACAACGGUGACAGUGGUGAUUAUUACAAAUACUGAGAAGACACUAUAAACUUGAUGAAUCAUUGUGUAUAUCAACAGUAUACUCACGAAG